GCAGGCGCAGUACGAGCCUGGGUGUCCAACAUGGCUGAGGUGCCGCUGCCUCUUCUUGUGCAGCGGCAGGCGCUGAGGGUAGGAUGCUGAGCUUCCCAGGAGCAGCAACAGCGGCAGGGCUAGUGGGGACCCAGGCAGGCUCUCCCCAGCCAUGGCCAGGUUGGCAGACUAUUUCAUUGUGGUGGGCUAUGAUCCUGAGAAGACAGGGUCAGGAGAUGGUUUGGGGAAAAUAAUCCAGAGAUUUCCCUUAAAAGAUUUGGAUGACACUCCAUUUCCACAGGGAAUAGAGUUGUUUUGUCAGCCUGGAGGAUGGCAUCUUUCCAGAGAGAGGAAGCAGCCUACAUUCUUUGUGGUGGUUUUGACCGAUAUAAAUUCUGAACGGCACUAUUGCUCCUGCCUAACCUUCCAUGAAGCAGAGAUCAAUCUUCAGGGGACAAGAGAAGCAGAAGGAGAGGAAGAAUCUGGUUUGAUUCAGCCUGCAGAAGUAUUUGCUCCAAAAAGUCUGGUGUUGGUGUCUCGAUUAGAUUAUCCAGAAAUUUUCCGGGCUUGCCUUGGCUUGGUCUACACUGUGUACGUGGACAACCUGAAUGUCUCAUUAGAGAGUCUCAUUGCAAAUCUCUGUUCAUGCUUUGUCCCUGCUGCUGGCGGGUCACAGAAACUAUUUUCCCUGGGAGCUGGAGACAGACAAUUGAUACAAACUCCUUUACAUGAUAGUCUUCCUGUUACAGGAACAAGUGUGGCUCUUCUGUUUCAGCAACUGGGAAUUCAAAAUGUGCUGAGUUUGUUCUGCGCAGUCCUUACAGAAAACAAGGUCCUCUUUCAUUCUGCAAGUUUCCAAAGACUGAGUGAUGCCUGUAGAGCACUAGAGUCUUUAAUGUUUCCUCUCAAAUAUAGUUACCCAUACAUUCCAAUACUCCCUGCACAGCUCCUGGAAGUUCUCAGUUCACCCACACCUUUUAUUAUUGGUGUGCAUUCUGUCUUCCGUAACGACAUUCAUGAACUUUUAGAUGUAAUAAUUGCAGACCUGGACGGAGGAGCAAUUAAAAUUCCCGAAUGUAUUCAUCUGUCCCAGCUCCCAGAACCACUACUCCAUCAGACUCAAACUGCACUCUCUCUAGUUUUACAUUCAGAUUUGGAAACAGCAGAUUAUGCAUUUCCUCCUCCACGAACAGCUCUAUCACAUUCCAAAAUGUUGGAUAAAGAGGUGCGAGGAGUCUUUCUUAGAUUAUUUGCACAACUUUUCCAAGGAUACAGGUCUUGCCUUCAGUUGAUCAGGAUUCAUUCAGAACCAGUCAUAAAUUUUCACAAGGCAUCCUUCUUGGGUCAGCGAGGUUUAAUUGAGAAUGAUUUCCUUACCAAAGUUCUGAAUGGAAUGGCGUUCGCUGGUUUUGUGUCAGAGAGGGGCCCUCCUUAUAGAUCCUGUGACCUCUUUGAUGAGGUAGAAAUCUUUUUCAAAUACACAAGUGACAGCAUUAAGAAUACAACAGACAUUCAAUGCAGAUAUUGGAAGUUGGUAGCAUUUGAAGUAGAGAGAAUUAAAUCUGAAGAAAGCAAUUCAUCAAAAAUGUUAAAGCAUGUCAGAGAGCUUGCAGAGCAGCUGUUCAAAAAUGAGAAUCCAAAUCCUCACAUGGCAUUCCAGAAAGUUCCACGGCCUACAGAAGGAUCACAUCUGAGAGUUCAUGUGCUUCCUUUCCCUAAGAUUAAUGAGAAUCAAGUUCAGGAUUUAAUCCAGGAAGGCCUGCUUAAGAACCAAAGUGCACCACCUGCUACUCGUGUAGAAAAAAAAUGUGUUGUUCCUGCUGGCCCACCUGUUGUUUCCAUAGUAGAAAAGUCAAGCACAGUUUUCAACAGUGCGCAAAGGCUGGAAGUUGUUAGAAACUGCAUCUCUUUUAUAUUUGAAAAUAAAAUUCUGGAGACAGAAAAGACCCUGCCUGCUGCACUAAGAGCCCUAAAAGGAAAAGCAGCGCGACAGUGUUUGACACGGGAACUAAGCCUCCAUGUUCAGCAAAAUCGAGCAAUACUGGAUCACCAGCAAUUUGAUUACAUCGUACGAAUGAUGAACUGUACUUUACAGGAUUGCUCAACUUCAGAAGAAUACAACAUCGCUGCAGCACUACUGCCACUGACAACUGCUUUCUAUAGGAAACUAGCUCCUGGAGUGAGUCAAUUUGCCUAUACCUGUGUACAAGAUCACCCAAUAUGGGCUAAUCAGCAGUUCUGGGAAACAACCUUUUACAGUGAUGUGCAAAAUCAAAUUCGUUCCCUCUAUCUCUCAGCUAAGGAGGACAAUCACCUACAACACUUAAAGCAGAAGGAGAAGAAUUCUGAAGGCCAGGCCCAAGAAAAGACUGCCAUGGACUUGGCUGCUGAGCAAUUGCGUCUAUGGCCAACACUUAGUAAAGAGACUCAACAUCAGCUUGUACAAAGUGAAGAAAGCAUGGUAUUCAGCCAGGCAAUUCAUUUUGCCAAUCUCAUGGUAUACCUACUGGUGCCGCUGGACACAAGCAAAAAUAAACUCUUGAGAACCUCAGCUACAGGAGACUGGGAGAGUGGCAGCAACAGCAUUGUCACAAAUAGUAUUGCAGGCAGUGUUGCAGAGAGCUAUGAUACCGAAAGUGGGUUUGAGGAUUCUGAAAACAAUGAUAUUGCCAAUGCUGUUGUACGCUUCAUUACCAGGUUCAUAGACAAGGUUUGUACAGAAAGUGGAGUUACACAGGAUCACAUCAGAAGCCUUCAUUGUAUGAUACCAGGGAUUGUAGCAAUGCACAUUGAGACUCUGGAGGCUGUCCAUCGGGAAAGUAGAAGGUUGCCACCAAUACAAAAGCCCAAGAUUCUCCGGCCAGCUUUACUACCAGGGGAAGAGUUUGUGUGUGAAGGUCUCCGUGUGCUCCUGGAUCCUGAUGGCAGAGAGGAGGCAACUGGAGGAUUGCUUGGAGGACCUCACAUUCUUCCUGCAGAAGGAGCUUUGUUCCUUACUACAUACAGAGUUAUAUUUAAAGGCACACCUCAUGAUCAACUAGUGGGAGAACAGACAGUUAUUCGGAGCUUCCCUAUUGCCUCAAUAACUAAGGAGAAGAAAAUUACCAUCCAGAACCAGCUUCAACAGAGUAUGCAGGAAGGGUUGCAAAUCACCUCAGCUGUUUUCCAGCUGAUUAAAGUAGCUUUUGAUGAAGAAGUGAGCCCUGAAGUUGUAGAGAUAUUUAAGAAACAGCUAAUGAAGUUUCGCUACCCCCAGUCCAUCUUUAGCACUUUUGCAUUUGCAGCUGGUCAAACUGCACCUCAGAUAAUCUUACCAAAACAAAAAGAAAAGAACACAUCCUUUCGUACUCUUUCAAAGACAAUUGUAAAAGGAGCUAAACGUGCAGGGAAAAUGACAAUUGGCCGACAGUACUUAAUGAAGAAGAAGACUGGGACAAUUGUGGAGGAAAAGGUUAACCGUCCUGGAUGGAAUGAGGACGAUGAUAUCUCAGUUUCAGAUGACAGUGAAAUGCACACAAGUGGUACUUUGAAAGCAUCAGAGAAAUCAACAAUGGAACAACUAGUGGAGAGGGCUUGUUUCAGAGACUAUCAACGUUUGGGACUGGGAACCAUCAGUAACAGCUCUUCUCGCUCAAAAACAGAGUACUUCCGAAUAACUGCCUUGAACAGGAUGUAUUCUCUUUGCAGAAGUUAUCCAGGGCUACUAGUGGUACCCCAGUGUGUGCAGGAUAACAACUUGCAGAGAGUAGCUCGAUGUUACAGACACAAUCGUCUGCCAGUUGUCUGCUGGAAAAAUUCAAAAACCAGCACACUCCUGCUUCGAGCUGGAGGCUUCCAUGGCAAAGGAGUCGUUGGCCUUUUCAAAUCCCAAAAUACACAAACAUCAGCCCCUACAUCACUAGAAUCUUCAAGCAGCAUAGAACAAGAAAAAUACCUUCAAGCCUUACUGAAUGCAAUAUCUGUUCACUGCAAAAUGAAUGGCAAUACACUCACCAUCAGACCAGCUAUUGCUUUGUCUCCAGGCACUGAAAGGAGGGCUUCAAGAAUGUCCACUGUGUUUAAGCAGGUAGUGCCAGGACAUUUGGAUGUAAAUCUAUCCAAUAGCUUUGCCCGAGGAGCUUCAAACUGUAUGCGGUGCGGGGGCAUGGAGGAAAAAGUAUGGCAGUGGGCGCCACUUGAAGGGCUGCUGGUUCUUGCAUGCUCAUUGUUUGCAGCCAAAGUGCUUGGGUACAGAGAUAAGUGUUUCACACAUUCAAAUUCCAAAUCAGGAAGAGUCUAUCAAGGUGUGUGGGCAAGUCUUCGUUCUAGCAGUCGGUUUAUCAGCACUCAGAUGCCAUUUCUUGAUGUGGGUGCAAGACUAGCAGGGAAAGAUGGUUCGCCUUCAUAUACCAGCAGUAGUACAUACUUUCAGAAUCGACUUCUGAAGCGCCAAGCUGCUCUCUACAUAUUUGGAGAAAAAUCUCAACUAAGGGGCUUCAAACUUGAUUUUGCUUUAAAUUGUGAAUUUGUUCCAGUGGAGUUCAGUGACAUCCGUCAAGUAAAAGCUAGUUUUAAAAAGCUCAUGAGUGCUUGUGUUCCCAGCAAUAUUCCUGCAGAUUCUGAAAUAACGUUCCUUAAAGCACUUGGAGAAUCAGAGUGGUUCCCACAGCUUCAUAGGAUUCUGCAGUUGGGUAUGGUUAUAUCAGAGCUGCUUGAGAAUGGUUCUUCAGUUUUGGUUUGUCUGGAAGAUGGCUGGGAUAUCACAGCACAGGUGGUGUCUAUUGUACAGUUACUCAGUGAUCCAUUCUAUCGAACACUCGAAGGUUUCAGAAUGCUAGUGGAAAAAGAAUGGCUGUCCUUUGGGCAUAAGUUCAGCCAGCGCAGUAAUUUGACGCUCAAUUGUCAGGGGAGUGGGUUUGCUCCUAUCUUUUUGCAGUUCUUGGACUGUGUGUACCAGAUUCACAACCAGUAUCCAACAGAAUUUGAGUUCAACCAGUAUUACCUGAAGUUCGUAGCAUUUCACUAUGUUUCCAACCGAUUUAAAACAUUCCUACUAGACUCAGACUAUGAAAGACUGGAACAUGGGACACUAUUUGAGGAUAAAGGAGAGAAACAUGGCAAAAAAGGAAUUUGCAUGUGGGAAUGCAUUGAUAAAAUACACAAAAGGAGUCCCAUUUUCUUCAAUUACCUCUAUGCACCAGUUGAAACAGAGGCAUUAAAACCCAAUGUAAACAUAUCCAGUCUUAAAAAGUGGGAUUACUACACAGAGGAGACUUUGGCUAGUGGUCCUUCUUAUGAUUGGACCAUGGUAACUACAAAAUGUACUUUUGAUGAACCUGAGCAGAUGGACGUAUUACCUUCCCAGAGUAAGAGGAAAAUUGUCUGGCCAUGCUAUGACUACAUUAACAAAGUGCAGCCCGAUGCCAUCACCAGCCUAUUAAAUGAAAUCGAAAGACUGGAGAACAAGUUAAAUCAAAGCCCAGAAAGAUGGCAGCCAUUGUGGGAAAGAGUCAAAGUAAAUGUUAAAGACUACACAAGACAGGACAAUCAUCGGAGACAUCCAUCUGGCUCUUCCACAAUAAUGUCUGCCAAUCUGCAUUCAUAUCGGAAGAGGUCUUUACUGCAUCUUCCAGACAGUGGCUUAGGUGAAGAACAAAACACCAGCAUCUCACCCUCCAAUGGUGUGGAAAGGAGAAUAACUACACUGUACAAUCAGUUCACGUCAAAGAAUGAUGAAAACAGGUCAUUUGAAGGUACACUUUACAAAAGAGGAGCUUUGUUAAAAGGCUGGAAACCUCGGUGGUUUGUACUAGAUGUUACCAAACACCAGCUAAGGUAUUAUGAUUCUGUGGAGGACGCUUGCUGUAAGGGCCAUAUUGACCUUGCAGAAGUAGAAACUGUCAUUCCUGCUUCACCAACAAUCGGUGCUCCAAAACAUGCUAGUGAGAAAGCUUUCUUUGAUCUGAAGACGAGUAAACGUGUAUAUAAUUUUUGUGCCCAGGAUGCACAAAGUGCCCAGCAAUGGAUUGACAGGAUACAGAGCUGCAUUUCAGAUGCAUAAUAAGGAAUCUCAUUCCACUGCCAACAGCAGAAAGGAAAACCUUUCCAUAUGUGAGAGAAAGUUAACUUUGGAUUGCUCUUGCAGAUCAAGCCGCCUUAUAUUUCAGCCAUAAAUGCUUCAAAUAUCUUCUUUCCUUAAAUAGCUAACUUUUAUAAUGACUCUUUCCCCACAUGGAGAUCACUCAAAAUCAAUAACUUCUUUACCGAGAUAGGGUUUUUUCCUCUUGAACAGAAUUCCAAGCUAGGUGAGCUGGUGUCCUAGGGGUAUGUUGCUCUCUUCAAACUGUUCUUCUUUCUAAAGUCAGCACUGUUCCAUCUGAAUAAUACUGAACAUUGGUGGAUACAAUUUCCAAAACAAUUCAGUAACUCUCCCACAAGUUUCCUGCUUCGGAAUAAUUUCAGGCUAGUAGCUUUUUAAUUGGAGAGCAUCUUCAAAAUUUGCAAUUUUGGAAACCAAUAAUUUGCAUUACAGAAAGUUUUAAGGUAAUUAAAUUUAGAACUCCAAACAAGUGUAAGGAACUGUUUCAUCUAUACUAGUUGUUCCCUGAUCUCUUGCCAUUUUUCUACUAAUUAACUAAGGAAUGCCUCAUUUUUACUUUGUAUUCUCUUUGCCUGCUGCAGUAGAAUGAUGGAAAACAAAAUAGAAUAAGAAACUUCUUAAACAUUCAGACCUGGGUCAAAGAAAAGCCUAAGAAAUAUAAACAUUGUAUAUUAACGUAUGUGCUGUUCUGCUCAAUGUAAAAUGAAAUAACACAAUGAUAAAUGCACUAAACAAAACAAACACUUGCACUGAAAUCCUUGAAAACAGACAUUUUGAAGGACAGAAGUAAAUUAUUUAUAGCAAAAUGCUAGCUGGAUAACAGCAAUUACAGGUGAUAAAUAUGUACAUAAUUGGGCUUAAUAGAUGUGAUUUGAUACUUUAAAACCUUUUUGCACAUGAAUUGGAAGAGUGUUUAGAUUUUUUACAUUUGCUAACAUUGUGCUUGUUCAUCUUUAAAACCUUUGAGAAAUUUUUUUACAGUCCAAAAUUAAUACAAGUUUGACUUGUUGCAACCUGUGAUGACUUUGAGUGUGGAGUGCAGAUAAUUAAAAUGUUGUGGCUUUGUUUUAAUUACUAAUAUGUUAAAUAUCUAAUAUGUCAGAGUCUGUAUAUACUAGUGAGUAUUUUCUAGUGUUUAGUAACAUUGCUUGUAAGUUAAUAUUAAACUAACCAAAUUGACAUUUAUAGGAUUUUAGUUACUGAAAUUGUUUACUCUUUUUUAAAACCACUAUUUUUUUUAGUAAAUAGUGAAUACAGAUUUCACAUUGUACACAAAAUAGGAAAUGUGUGUCUUAAUACAUUUGGAGUUCCAAAAAAAAAACAAGGAAUGAAGGAUUUUUCUAGCAUUUUCAGCUGAUAAACCACCACUUGUGAAAAAUGGUGUUUGCACAUUCAUGUACUUUUCUUUGUAUAUGAAGUACUUUUAUAUGUACUUUGUAAAAUAUUGAUCCUGUUUGUUUUAAUGUUGUUUGAAAAUGUACACUACACUACAUACUGUUAUACCUACGCAGUUUUAAUAAUUUUUAUGUAUGUUACAUAACUAGUGUAUGCUAACUAACCUGUAAUAAAGAUCCUUCAUAAGAAAA